UCUUCGUUCUGUUCUUCAUUACAUCGCAGCAGCUUUCCCUCUCUUUCACAUCCUCAAACUUUGUUCAUCAUGAAGUACUCCAUCUUCGCUGUUAUCCCCCUUGCACUGGGAGCCAGCGCUGGUACUCCCUGUACUGUCACCAAAUAUGUAUCAAUUUCUUCUGCUGUUGCAUCAUGCACAGAAAUUGUAUUGUCGAACAUUGUAGCUCCGGCCUCAAGCGCGAUUGAUCUCUCCAAGUUGAAGACUGGCGCUAAAGUCAUCUUCGUUGGCAAAACUACUUUCGAGAAAACCCCAGUCAGUAGUUUUGACCCCAUUACUAUCGGGGGCACCAAAUUUACCAUCACCGGAGCAGCAGGCCAUGUCAUUGAUGGAAACGGACAAGCUUACUGGGAUGGCCUGGGAUCAAAUGGAGGUGUUGCGGAGCCCAACCACUUCGUCGUGGUCAAGAACACCGUUGACUCUGUCAUCUCCAACCUAAACAUCCAGAACUGGCCUGUCCACUGCUUCACCAUCUCCGGCGGCAGCGGCCUCACCCUUUCCAACAUCAAUCUAGACAACUCUGCCGGAAACGCGCCUAACUCCGCCAGUAACGGUCUGGCUGCCGCUCACAACUCGGACGGCUUCGACAUAUCCUCCACCAGAGGGCUGACGCUCGAAAACUCGGUCGUCAACAACCAGGAUGACUGCGUCGCUGUGACUAGCGGCACUAACAUCCUCAGCAACAACGUCGUCGACGGUGUUACGUUCUCCAACUCGAUUAUCUCCAACAGCGAGAACGGAUGCCGCAUCAAGACCAACUCCGGCACCACCGGCACUGUCAAGAACGUUGUAUACAGCGGCAUAACGCUCAAGGGAAUCGCCAAGUACGGCAUCGACGUGCAGCAGGACUACCUCAACGGUGGCCCAACUGGUGUACCCACAAACGGCGUCGAUAUCUCUGGCAUCACGUUCAAGAACGUCAAGGGCACCGUUGCCUCCAGCGCAUACAACUACUACAUCCUCUGUAUUAUCCAAACUAAAUUCUCCCCCCUUUUGGAAAAACAACAGCACCGAUCAAGCGAAGUCAGCUGGUGA